AUGGUGGAUCAUAAAUUAAUUAAACAAAGUGUAAAGUUGUUAAAAGAUUGGUUGGAGAAGCAGGCAUAUUUCAAGAGGAAGGAUUACUCUGAUACCUUCUUCGAAAAACUGUUGGUCAUAACAAAAGGAUCCGUGGAGCGUGCAAAGUCCCGCUACGAGAGACAUUGCACCUUGAAAACAAUAUGGCCGCAGUAUUUCACCCCUAUGGAUAUUGAUUUACUUAGAAAGGAUUUUGAAGACUAUAACAGCGUACUUCUACCAGAAGUGACAGAAGAAGGCUGCAGAGUGAGCUUGUCUAGAUUCAAUGAGCACAUUAUACUGACUCCAGAUCUAUUUACACGGUUCAUCAAAUUGGUAGUUAAUAUGUGUGAAUAUGCCAUAGCACAUGACUACCCUCACGGAUUUUACAUCAUUUUGGAUCAUCGGUACAUCAAUCUACUAGAGUUGGUAGCAUUUGCUACAAGGAAUUUCACUCCACUUCAGCAUUGUAUAACAAUAUUAUUGGAUGGCUAUGGCAUGCGAGUAAAAGGUAUCCACAUAGUUACCCCAUCAAAGGCCGCGGAUGCCUUAGUGACAUUUUUGAAGCAACUGCUUACCGCAAAAUUGAGUGGCCGUAUACAUGUACAUAAAGACACAGAUACCUUAUUUGCACAUGUGCCUAAAAGUAUUUUGCCCCGCGAGUUGGGUGGCGACGGUCCGACUUUGACUGAAAUGCAAGAAAGUUUUCUGCAGGAGCUUUGUACAAAGGAGCACGAAGAAUGGAUGAACGAAGCCCGACGCGCCACUAUCGACGAGUCUAUGAAGCCAAAGGAUUAUUUCGAGGACUCCAUUGGCAUGCCAGGAUCUUUCAGGACUUUGAGCGUAGAUUGA